AUGACCAAGCAUACGUUUAAAACAUCCCUCCUACCCCCUCCAGGCCCAAAUCAACCUCUCACCGUACCCACGGAAUCAACCCCGAUCCCAGCAAACCCCGAAAUCUUCAACGACGCCUUGACCGUCCGCAUUAAAGUCUUCAUCGACGAACAAAAGUGCCCCAUCGAGGCCGAAAUCGACACCGACGAUCACCGAAGCUGGCAUUGGGUUAUCUACGACACCACGACUACCACCGCCGGCAGUUCCGAUGGUACUGACAAUGUUAAUCUGAAUGGCGAAGACAAAGCGCAGACGCAUCCCACACGGUUGAGAUCGGGGUUGAAUGAUGGUGAUGAUGAAACGAGUCCGCAUAGACUUCGCCGCCCCGUGGCGGUGAUCCGACUCGUUCCUCCACCCCACGCACCGCAUGAGAAAUACACACGGCCGGAUCUCAUCGCUUCGCUCCCCGCGUACGAUCUACAGAGUGAGCCCUGCGUAGUGCUCUCCCGUGUCGCGGUGUUACCUGAGUACCGGGGGUAUGGGCUUGGGCGGGAGUUAAUCCGCACAGCGCUGGACUGGGCACGGGGUCAUGGGGUGGAGAUCGACGACGCAUAUGCAAGGGUGAUCGGGGAGGCGGGAGAGAAGACGGGGAAGGGGAAGGGGAAAUGGAAUGGGCAGGUGUUGAUUCAUGCGCAGGUGGCUGUGGAGGCGAUGUAUAGGAAGUUUGGGUUUGAGACGGAUGAGGCCCUUGGGAGGUGGGAUGAGGAGGGGAUAGAGCAUGUUGGCAUGUGGCAAAGAGUGGACGUCAUCGAUCAAAUCUGA